AUCGCCAAGGCCACAACCUGGAACCCCCCUUCAUCCAUGGUCACUGCCCUCGAUCAGGUCUGGAAGCAGACUCUCAAGGAGAACCCCGACGGUCUCCAGGACAAGAACUGGAUCACCGACCAGCUCAUCGCCAAUAACGGUAGCAUCAACUACUGCGUCCGCUGGAACACAGACGCUCACAAUAGCACCGCCGCCGACCGCACCAAGAUUACCACCGCACUCCAGCGCUCCCUGCAGAAGUGGUUCGAUGUCCUCGUUGGCUUCGAGGGCUUCCCGCUCACCAAUCUGACCGUCAAGACCGUCGGCUACGCUGUCAAGGACAAGAGCCUGAUCCAAGGCUCCACUUCGGGCCUCGACAUCUACACCACCACCGACGCCGACGGCGUCCCAGAGUGCGACUCCCGCUGCUACCGCGGUGCGCACCUCGACGACCCCAACGGCAUCAGCUCGUGCCCUGGAGGCGAGGACAGCCGCUACGACAUCUCGCUCUGGUUGGACAAGAGCCUUGAGGGCCAGAUGGGUGGUUGGGGUUACAACUGGGGCGAGGAGCUCGGUCCCGACUACGUCCUCAACAACCUCGACUCGGACAACAUCCACAUCCUCCUGCACGAGAUGGGUCACGGCUUCGGCCUGCUCGACUUCUACGACUGGGUUCCUUCCGGCCAGACCAGCUUUAUCAUGAUGGCUGGUUCCGCGAUGGAAAUCACCGAGUUCGACGCCUGGAUGUUGAGGGAUUGGUACCGCAAGCUCAAG